AUGAGUUUAAUUAGAACUAUUUCAGGUGUUAGAGGUGUCAUUGGUGAUACUCUUUCACCAGAGGUCAUUGUUGCACAUAUUGCAGCUUUCACAAUGAUGUUGGAAGGACCAUUGUAUCACCAGAAACAACAUAAAAUAGUGGUUGGUCGUGACUCUCGUGUAUCUGGUCCCUGGGUAGAAAGAUUGGUAGUUGGUACUCUCUCUGCAUGUGGAUAUCAUGUCUAUCAAAUCGGUAUUGCAACUACUCCAACUGUACAAUUUAUGACAACGGAAUUAAAAUGUUCCGGUGGAAUUGUUAUUACAAGUAGUCAUAAUCCAGUGGAGUGGAACGGUUUGAAAUUCAUAGGAUCGGAUGGAUUGUUUAUUUCACCAGAGGCAUGUGAAUCGUUGUUCAAGUUGGCCGAUGAGAAGAUUCCAAUGUCUCGUUAUGUUACUUAUGAUAAGGUGGGUGCGAUCGAAGUGGUCGACCACGCCAACCGAAAGCAUUUGGAUGCUAUCUACGCAUUGCCAUUCAUCGAUGUCGAGAAGAUUCGUUCACAACACUUUAGAUGCUGUUUGGAUACUGUCAAUGGUGCAGGUGGACCGAUCAUGCGUGAACUAUGUCAUCGACUGGAUAUUGAGAUUGUCGAUGGACUCAACAUGGAGCCAACAGGACUGUUUGCUCAUACACCCGAACCAAUCCCCGCGAAUCUCUCACAACUCUGUGAGUCGGUGCGUAAACACAACGUUGAUUUCGGAAUUGCAGUGGAUCCCGAUGUCGAUCGUUGUGUGUUUAUCGACGAGCACGGUAAGCCGCUUGGUGAAGAAUAUACACUUGCAAUGGCGGUGGAGUUUAUGCUUGGCGAUGUCGGACGUCGUGGUGUAGUUGCCAAGAAUCUCUCUUCGUCGAGAGCACUCGAUGACAUUGCUAAAAAGUAUGAGUCGCGAGUGGUGUGUGCUCCGGUCGGUGAGAUCCAGGUGGCGCAAUGCAUGUUGCGCGAGAAUGCUGUGAUUGGAGGUGAGGGUAAUGGUGGUGUGAUGCUGCCCGAUAUUCAUAUUGGACGUGACGCGCCAGUUGCUGCGGCACUUGCAUUCCAAUUGAUGGCCAAUCGUGGUAUCCGUAAGAUUUCCGAAGUCAAAAAGACACUGCCACAAUACGAGAUUGUAAAGCUAAAGGCUGGUAUCGAGGGAUUGAACCCAGAUGCCAUUCUAAACGACUACAAAGCAGAGUAUCGUGGAAAGCAAGGUGUAUUGAUCAACGAGGACGAUGGUUUGAAGAUCGACGCACCAGAGUGGUGGGUUCAUCUCAGAAAAUCAAAUACCGAGCAUAUCAUUCGUGUUAUUGCAGAGGCAAAGGAUUUAGAGUUGGCAACAUCGAUUGCCGCUAAAUUCAUUCAAGAGAUUGAAUCAAAGAGAAAAUAA